UCCCCUAAAAAAAAAAAGGAGUCCUCACUCCACACUAGCACACCACUUCGCCUCCGUCGGCGGCGGCGACAGAGACGACGGCACGAGCGCGCAUGGCAGUGGCGGUGGCCGCGCCGGUAGUGACCGGGCUAGAUGCAGAGGCGGGAAGCGGCGGGGAUGGGGCCGAUGCGCCAUUGGAGGUGCUGCCGGUCGAGGUCGACAGGAAGGGGGCACCGCCAGUGGAGGGGGUACCGGUGGCGGUCAGCGCCGGAGGGGACGGCAAGGAGAAGGAUACGGAGAAGGACGUGAAGGGAGAGAAGGGGGUGAACCCGGUGAAGUGGCUGGGGCAUUACUCCUCCGCGCAGAGCAUACUGCUCGUCGGCGACGGGGAUUUCUCCUUCUCGCUGGCGCUGGCCAACGCGUUCGGCUCCGGCGCCAAUCUCGUCCCCACAUCCCUCGACACCUACGAGGCUCUGAGGAACAAGUACAGCAAAGCAGAAUCAAAUGUUGCAGAGCUGAAAAGAUUGGGUGCCACAGUCUUGCAUGGGGUUGAUGCAAAAGAAAUGAAGUUACACCCUGACCUGAAGAACAGAAGGUUUGAUCGAAUUGUCUUUAAUCUUCCUCAUGCUGGCUUCACAGGAAAAGAGGACGACGAGCAUAUGAUCAACUCACACAGGGAGCUGGUGUGGGGCUUCUUCCACAACGCAAUCCACCUUCUUCGGCCUUAUUGUGAAAUCCACAUUAGCCACAAGACAGGGCGGUCUUACGACAAAUGGGGUCUUGAGGACCUAGCCUCUGGAGCUUCUCUGGUUCUAGUUGACAAAGUUGCUUUCCAACCAGAAGACUACCCUGGGUAUAACCAAAAGAGAGGAGACAGUGCAAGGUGUGAUGAACCUUUUGGUCUAGAUGCUUGUUUCACAUUCAUGUUCCGGAUCAGAGACCUGAGCAGUGGGAGGAAACUGAAUGGAACCAUGACUACUCCAAUCUCAUCCCUUCGAAUUAUGGCCCCAGCAACUGAAAGAGGGCCAUUUCACCUGUUUUCGCCUGCUGAAUCAUGGCCUCGGCAACAUCUUCCUCCGCGAGUCAAUGCGGUUCAGAUGGUGGAAACUCUGGAAACUUAUGAAGUUGUUCGAAGGCAACAUCUGGAUUUUCCACUGAACUUUGAUGGCAUAGUGAGAGACCUGUAUUUUCACCAAGAACGCAAUGCCCGGCCAAUGUUCAGAACCCCAGGGCCAUCUCUGCAAGCUUUGCCUGAUCCAAGCAUCAUUCCUCCACCAAGAGGCAGAAUCCCAUGUCCCGAUCUCAUUGCACCUCAGGAGGAGCAUUGGCAUCAACAUAGAUCUGCUGCUGGUGUGCCCGGAAGACAUCACUCUUACUUGGCCCAGGAGCACCAGUGGAGUCCACGGAGGGAGCAUGAAAUGUGGGGACAGGUGAUGCCCAGGGCAACCAACUUUGGCCAUUCUGCCUUGUUGGAACACCGAAACGAACAUAGGGACAGAGAGUCUGUUGAGAAGCAAACGUGGCUGCGCGGGAUGGUUGCAUUGUAUGGUAGGCAGUGAAGGAUCUUUUGGGACUUGGGUGGUGAAUGUGUAGAUAACCAGAACAGAGGAGCAGAAGUAUUCUCAGUGUUGCUAAUGAAAGCGGAAAAUGAUGGUUUGAUUUCUGGAAUAAAAAUCUGCUGGGAUGCUCCUAGUGUCUCUCACCUACUCUUCAUCGUGCGAAUGGGGCUUGGGUCUAUAUUGGAGUUGUAUGAGCAAUGCUCUGGACAGAUGAUCAAUAAGUCAAAAUCAGCCAUUUUGUUCAGUGCUAAUGCAAAAGAAUCUGAGAAGGGACAAGUGAAGGAAAUUCUUGAGGUGGAGAAGGAAACUAUGAAUGGGAGGUACUUAGGCCUUCCUGUCCACGUUGGGGGGGGGGGGGGGGGAGGUCAAGAUCUAAAACUUUUGCUUAUCUGAAGGAUAGAGUGUAGAAAAGAAUACAAGGUUGGAAGGAGAAAUUUUUGUCCUGGGCUGGGAAGGAGAUUCUAAUUAAAGCCAUUGCCCAAGCCGUACCAACCUUUGCCAUGGGCUGUUUUGACAUGACCAAAACACUAUGCGACCAAAUCAGCGCAAUGAUCUGUAGAAAUUGGUGGAACCAGCAAGAAGGGAAGCACAAAAUCCAUUGGUUGAGUUGGGAAGUGAUGAUCAAGCUGAACAAAGGAGAGGGGGGGGGGGGGGGGGGGGGUCUUGGUUUUAGGAAUUACACGCAUUCAGUAUUGCCAGAUUCCCUGUGCUCUCAAACUUUAAGAGCCAAAUACUAUCCUGACCGAACGUGUUUGAAGGAUCAAA